AUCCGAUUGUGAACAGAAUCUUCCGCGAAGCGAGGUUGAUUUCUUGCUGGCUCUGAAGGCGCGCCAUGGCGAGGAGCGCGCGGGACUGCCUGCUGGAUUGCCUGGAGAACUUGGAGGAGGGCGAGCUGAGGAGGUUCAAGGCCAAGCUGAACGAGUUCCCCGUGCGCCGGGGCUACAACAACAUCCCCCGAGGGCGGAUGCAGAAGGCGGAUGCGCUGGACCUCAAAGACCUGCUGGUCAGCUUCUACACCGAGGAGUACGCCGUGCAGCUGACCGCCGAGGUGCUGGAAGCCAUCAACUGCAAGGACCGCGCCGAGGAGCUCCUGGCCGCCACUGGGAACAGGCCGCAGCUUCGAAACUCUUCCAACGUGCACUUCAUUGAGCGGCACAGGGAGGCGCUAAUCCAACGGACCACCCCAGUGGAACCAGUGCUGGAUAAAUUGUUUGGCUCCGUCCUCAGUGAUGAGCAAUACCAAAAAAUCACUGCCAAGGAAACUAACCCAGACAAGAUGCGAGAGCUCUACAGGCUUGUGCCAAGCUGGGACCUCCGGUGCAAGAAUAAGCUGUAUGAGGCACUGAAGGCCAAAAACCCACAUCUUGUGAAUGAUCUGGAAGGGCGAUAAGGCCACAAGGGAAGGCAGAAGGCAAGACCCCUUUCAAGGCACCAGAAAUCCACCUCCCUAUUGCCAAGGGACUCCUACAGACAAAGCCAUACCAUGUAUUUUCCCAAGCACUCACUACGCCCCAAUCAGGACACUGUGCAAAGGCAAGAAUAGCCUGCAACCAUAGCAGGGCUCUCAUAGUCAGAGCUGCUGUGUAACCUGGGAAGGCAAGAGGGGCACCUGGUUCUGUUGUUCAGGCCUUUGGGGUGGGGCAGGGGACAGUUUUCAGCAUAUAUCCUAACACCUCCCCAUUUGGCUCGCCCUGCUCUUUUGGCCAAGCCACAGCCACCUUCCAUGCACCUGCUGUCAGGCUUGGGGCAGGUAAAGAUGCAGCUGGGCCAUGCAGGGGCUGCCUGUCACUUGACUGGAGGCAGCAGCUGUGCAGUGGCACCUUGGUUCUCAAACUUAAUCCAUUCCAGAAGUCCGUUCCAAAACCAAGGCGUUCCAAAACCAAGGUGCG